AUGCAGCACUUACUCUGGACUAGUCCUAUCCUGAAGACUGGAGCAUGCCGGCCGAAGGGGGAUGAGGAGGGGCGAGGCGAGGGGGAGGGGGGGGAGGAGGGAAAGCGGAAAGAGAGUGGAAGGGCUGGCGGUGCAGAGACGGGGGUGAAGGGAGGCAGAACAGAGCUCAUUCUGAAGGACCCUGCCGUGGUGUUGAUCUCAUGGUCGUGGUGGCAGCACCUACCAGAGCGGGUGGAUCGGCCGUCCUUUCAAGGAUGGAGUAUAGAUAGAAGACGUUCAGCGUCACUCUUCGGGGAGAUUGUUGCACGCGCGGCUACGGUGAGGGACGAGGGUGUUGCGGGUGCUGGCGGUGUAUUUCCCUGCGUAGCCGCCAAAGGGUUGGCCAACGAUAAGUCACCGGGAUGGGACGGGCUGCCCAAGGAGUUGUAUCAGUGGCACUGGGAGCUGCUACGGGAGCCGGUGAUGAAGAUGAUUGGGGAGUUUGCCGCGGCAGGGAAGAUGCCGGACGUGGCAAAUGAGGCGGUCACAAUAUUGAGAGCAAAUCACGAUGAGGAAAGUGGUGCGGCAGGGUUGUCACUGGCGCUGUACCUUUUCUUGUGCGCGGUGGAGCCGUUGUGCCGGCUAGCAGAGGAGAGGAAAUUAGGAAUCGGAGAAGGCACCUGCGACAGGCUGUCGUAUGUGGGGUAUGCAGAUGACACGACAUUGUUGCUGGAGGGAGAGGAGCAGCUGAAGGAUGCGGGGGCGCUGUUGCAAGAGUACGCGGAGGUGUUGGGGCUGAGAGUGAACAAGGGGAAUUCUGUGGUCCUGCCGUUGGGGAGGAAUGUGGGGCUACAGGCACCAGAUGGUAUGGAAUACAAGUGGGUGGGGGUGAAUGAAGUUGAAAGACUUCUUGGAGUGUGGAUAUUUCCUGGGGGAGACGCGGAGGCAACGUGGGAAAAAGCCUUUGACAGAGCAGGAGGAGAGUUGAGCAAGUGGAGCACCAAGUAUGUUACGACUGGAGCGCGCGUGACCAUCAUCAACAGCUACGUCCUGCCGAUCUUCCUUUUUCAGGCGCAGGUAUACCCGCCGGACGACCUGCUGUGGAAAAGGGUGGAGAAGCUGAUUGAAAAUUUCAUGUCCGGUAUCCACGCAGACCCGGAGCGGCACUUCAGGCUCUGGAGUGGGGACCUGAUAUACACGCCAAGAGAGCAAGGGGGACUGGGGGUGAUAGAUCUGAGGGGGAGAAUCGACAGCGUGGCUAUGAGGUGCGCAGGAUUGGGGCUGCAGCAGGAGUGCUCGCUAAGACGGGGUUUGUCAGAGAAACCGGCAAGCUUACCUCUUGGGUGGGCAACGCUGUACGCGCACAAGGCGGUGCUGAGAGGAGGCUUGUUUAAAAGCAGGAGGUGGGCAAGGCUGUAUAAAACAAUUUUGAUAUCAACGGUGGUGGCAGUACCAGAGGUGGCGUCCAGGUGGGAAGCAAAAGAGGAGUUUCUGUGCUACAACAAAUACAUCAUUCAUCCCGGAAAUGCCCCGUUUGGGAGAAGCUGA